AUGGGUCUGGUCAGCCGGCGGUGUCGGCGCGAGUGGGUGUCUUUGUUGGCCUUCUACUGCAUUGCCGCACUCAACCACCCGCCGCCACGCCCGCCUGACGGCCCGACGCAGUCCUUCCGCCACAUCACUGCCAAGACUCAAAUUACCACGUAUGCGCUCAGCGUUGAGAGGGACGACCCUGAGAGAGACGACCGAGAGAUAAGGGAUUUGAGCAGGCGUCGAUGCGUCCGUCCAGCUGGGCACCGUGCCCCGCGCAACUGGCUGCUGAAUUCGGCUGGGCACGGUGGGCCCCUGCUUCUCGUGCUCUCGUCAAAACGGUCAGAGCAUCAGGUGCCUCCUCUCCCAGAGACCCAGACUUCCCACCAAUCACAUCUCCUAACUGACCGGUGUAGUAGGACAAGCGGCGGCGGAGGCCCCAGUAGCCAUCUCGCUCCAUCCCUCUCCCCAGAUCCUUGCAACAUUACACUACUGCAUUGCGACUCGCAGAUCCAAUCAACCCACAUUGCAUCGCUUGUUGCUGCGGAUGCGCUAGCUGCUAUUGAUCAUCCGAUCUGGUCCGUCGUUAUCCAGAGUCCAGACGGGAUGGUGGCGGUGAAGGGCCCCGCGGCGAUGGAGGACACCAAGAAGGCGUCUGAGAAGACGAAGCCGGACAUGAGGCGCGUGACGUCGGCGGAGAUGGCGCGGCACUGCGUCGAGGGCGACGUGUGGGUGGCCGUGCAAGGGAAGGUCUACGACGUUACGGCCUGGCUGCCGCACCACCCGGGCGGGGACCUCCCGCUGCUGAGCCUGGCCGGGCAGGACGUGACCGACGCGUUCGUCGCCUACCACCCGGCCUCCGCGUGGCGGGUGCUCGACCGCUACCGCGUCGCCACGCUCUCCGACUACGCCGUCUCCGAGGUCUCCCGCGACUACCGCCGCCUCGUCGCCGCGAGUUCGCCAAGGCGGGCCUCUUCGACCGCAAGGGCCACGGCUGCGCCGCCUCGCUCUGCACCAUGGCCUUCGUGCUGCUGA